AUGGCGACGCAAAUUUUCCCUUUACUUAUGCUUGCGGACGUAGAUGGAUUAUCUUAUAAAGGAUUAAUUACUGUCAAAGGACAAGAAUUUCAUUUUGAGAUACAAUUGGAAAACAUUAAAUCAUUAAAAAAUGCAAAAUUACAUGGAAGUCCAGAGCUUAAAAGAUUACUUUUUGGUCAUGAAAAAGCUUUAAAACAGCGUCUUGAACAAUGUUCUACUUUGACCGAGUUCUUUGAAAGUAUUAUGACAAGUGUCAAACGUGAACCUAUACCAGGUGAAAGUUACUACUCAACACUCUUAACAGAAUUGGAUGGCAUCGGAUGGGACAAAUUAGAAUCUCUCGAUCCUUUACUGAAAAUUUUGACUUUAACUUUGAACGACUCGUCAGGUCGAAAACAUAAAAUUUCCAUUUCUUUACCGUUCUCCUAUCCACAAAAACCACUUACCGAAUUUGAGAAAUUUCAAGAAAUUUGGUCAAUGCUUGAUGAUAUUGAUGCCAAUACAUGGGUAUUAGAACCCGAUAAACCAAAGCGUUGUGAUAUAUCACGAAGGAUUGCAUUAGGAAAUCAUUGUUCUUUAUAUGUUAAAUUGGAUGAAUUGAAUCCCAAACAAAUUUGUGAUUAUACUUUAUUUGGCGCAGAAAAUUUCAUUGCGCCACUCAAAACCAAUCUUUCAAAGAAUUUUAAUAAUUGGAAUCUUUCGUUUACUGUACGUCAAAAUCUUGAGAAAAUAUUAGAGAUACAUUUUCCUUCACCUGAGACAAGUUCAGCAUCAGAUUUUAACGUCGCGUGUGGGAUUUGUUAUUCUUAUCGUUUGGAUGAUGUAAUUCCAGACCAAACUUGUAGCAAUACUAAAUGUGGUCAACCGUUCCAUCAAGUUUGUUUAUACGAAUGGCUUCGUGCUGUUCCUUCAACUACACAAAUUUAUAAUAGAUUAAGAGGAGACUGUCCAUAUUGUAAUGAUAAAAAAACAUUUGUCAUGGCAUCCGAGAACGAAAGUGAAGCCGAAUCAUUUGUAGAUGCAUCCGAUACAUUUACGGAUGAUGUAGAAGGAAAACCAGUACAUUAUCGAUAUUCAACAGCUAUAUUAUCUUCAAUAGCAAGAAAUGCUAAUGAGCUGGUAUCAAUGUUUACAACUAAUGCAGAACAAACAUCAACAAAUAAUUCCCGAGAAAUUUCAAAUGUUGGAGUUCAAGCCAUACCAGAAAUAUCAAUCACAGAUACUUCAACCGGUGACGGUAAACAAGAAGUGCUAGAAGAAUUAGUUGAUACUGAGGAUGCAUCAUCAAUAAAUACUGAUAUCUCGCAAGAUAAGGAUACGCCAGAUAAUAAUAACAUGUCUGAAUUAAAUAUUGAUAAUUCUGAUAAUAAUGGAAAACGUGAAUUUCCUAUUGAUCUAACGGUCUACGUUAAAGAUUUAGAUACAGGAAAAAACAUACCUGCAUCUUAUUUAGAAGAAGAAAUUAAAAAAUCGAAUGGAAAUAUUGACCCACUUUCUUUUCAUAUUUUGAAAAGAUCAGGAUCAAUCAAUGAAUAUCAAUAUGAACGCGGAAGGAAAGACGAUAGCGAUGAUGAAUGUGGAAGACAUCAAGAUGGAAAGGCUUCUAAUAGACGAUCAAAAUUUCUUAAUCGUAUCAAAAAACGAACAUCGCAUCCUGCAAAAGGCGAAGGAGAUGAAGAUACAGGAGAUGAAGAAAAUGUAACAGGGAAUAAUGCACCUGUAUUUGGUACAGAAAGUGGUUUCGGACGAGCGCAGCCACGUUAUAUAAAGGUUAAAACACGACAUAAGCACUUCAAAGAAUUUGAUAAGUUGUUUCUUGCACAAGAAUUAUUUCAUCCAACACAAAAUGGUGCAUCUGGGGCAAUUUGGACAAUGAAAUUUAGUAAAGAUGGAAAGUUCUUGGCAACUGGAGGACAAGAUACGGUGGUUAGAGUUUGGGCUGUUAUAUCAAGUGAUGAAGAACGUGAACAUUUUUUGGAGGGAAGUGGAAUAAGUGUUUAUGAAGGAUCAAGCGGAUCGAAAUUGGGAGCUCCUGUGAUGAGAGAUAAACCAUUAUAUGAAUAUCAUGGUCAUACCGCUGAUGUUUUGGAUUUAAGUUGGAGUAAAAAUAACUUUUUGCUUUCUUCUUCAAUGGAUAAGACUGUGAGGUUAUGGCAUAUUACACGGAAGGAAUGUUUAUGCUGUUUCCAACAUACAGAUUUCGUGACAGCCAUUGCAUUUCAUCCAAGGGACGAUAGAUUUUUCUUGUCGGGAUCAUUAGAUUGUAAAUUGAGACUUUGGAAUAUUCCAGAAAAGAAAGUAGCAGAUUGGAUGGAAACUCCGCAACAACAAUUAAUAACAGCAGUAGGAUUUACUCUUGAUGGGAAAAAAUGUGUAGCUGGAAGUUUUUCGGGUUUAUGUUUGUUUUAUGAAACUGACGGAUUAAAAUAUAAUACACAAAUCCACGUAAAAAGCUCACGUGGUAGAAAUUCUCAUGGAAAGAAAAUUACCGGUAUCGAGGCUAUGCCAGGAACUAAACCGGGUCAAGAUAAACUGUUGAUCAGUUCUAACGACUCGAGAAUUCGAUUGUAUAAUAUGAGGGAUAAAUCAUUGGAGUAUAAAUAUAAAGGCUAUGAAAAUACAUACAGUCAAAUUCGCGCUACAUUCAGUGAUGAUGGCAGAUAUAUUAUCAGUGGAUCCGAGGAUCGGCAUGUAUAUAUAUUCAACACAGAUCAAUCACAGUCAAAUGCUCAAUAUGGAAAUAGUGGUAAUAGUUGGCUUAAAAGAGAGAAAAUUGGUUAUGAAAGCUUUGAAGCCCAUUCCGCAAUUGUAACGGCAGCAAUAUUUGCACCAACAAGAACAAAACAAUUGAUUGCAUUAUGCGGAGAUCCAAUUUUCACAAAUACAAUGAAUCAUGAGUCAAAUUUACCCAGUGCUCUCAGUAAAACUUAUCCUGAUGGAAAUAUUAUUAUUUGUGCUGAUUAUUCCGGGAGUAUUAAGAUAUUUAGACAAGAUUGUGCCUAUUAUCAUUCUCAUGAUAAUGAUUCCCAUUCUGUUAGAAGUACAAGGUCUUGGAAUUCUGCACUUGGAAAUAAUUUAGGAAAUUUAUUUUCUAAACCAAAACAAAAUAAAAGUUUAGUAUGGAAUACGACGGGUGGCAUAACAGGUGGUGGAAGAAGGAAAAGUGAUGCAUCAAGUUUAUAUUCUAUUACUUCGAGCGUUAUGAGUGCUGAUGCGGAAGGUAAUAAUAAACAUGAAGAUUGUGAAAAGUUAUUUCAAUGCGAAUGCGGUUGUAGUGAAUUUAAAGCUUUCGUUAAUGAAGAUGCAAAAUCUAAAUUGGUUUGUACUGGUUGUAAUAAAGUUGCUUAA